AUGGGAAAAAUCACCUUCUACUGCAACAUCUGCGGUGGGCCACUGUCCUGCUAUGAUCUCCGAAAAGCUUCCACCGCCUCCGAAGACGAAGACCCAAGUCUUUGCUACGACGAUGAGUGUGACUGCGAGGCGCAGCACAGACCAGAAGCUGAAGACGAUGAGGACGGAGAAGAUGACAAGAACUCUGCCGCGGAUUGGGAACACGAUAGUUAUUGCGCAUCCCUCAAGGGAUACAGUGGGGAUUUGGUAUCCGAGAAGGAUGUCUUGUGGCUAGAGAAAGUGAGAAUGCUGCGUGCUAGGGAUUGCCGAAGUGACAAGCAUAAUCAAAUUCAGGAUGAUGACGACGCAUUCUAUAUCACUGAAAUUGGCACCUAUGAUCCUUGGUAUGGACUCACAGUCCCUGGCGAAAAUGCAGGGAGUAGCGAUGGAACGCUCUGGGCCAAUCUGGAUGGCUUUUUUCUACAUGAUACCUGCUGGCAGAUGCUUCAGCUUGUACAUCAAACUGUGGGUUCGAGCUCGCUGCCAUUAGAGCCGCGCCGGGUGUAUCUCACUAUGCAGGCUCGACUAAAGGAUGACAUGGAGACAUCCAUCGACUGGGAGGACAGUAGAGUCUAUGGUGGCACCGAGAACUUUCAAGCGCAAGAGUGGGAAGCAGAGCCAGGGUUUGAAUGGUUAGUCGCGGACCCGUUGAAGCCAGUCGACAUAUCUGAGCUCGUUUCUGCGUCAAAGAAUUCGGACCCAGACUCAACAAAUGCAAUUGUAAACGUGGGUGCGCUAGAAUUGUCAGGUGUAGAUCCGUUCUCGAGUCUACCGUGGGACGUCCGCUAUAGGAUGUUGCAGAUGCUUCCUUCGCCAUCCGUCAUCAAUCUGGUCAUUGCUAGUACCGCAUUUCGUGGAGCUGUCCGGGCCCUACCCGAUCACUUUUGGAGAUUACGUCUGGUCUAUGAUUGCCCAUGGACCGACCAAGUCUCACUUCGGCAAAGUGUUGCCCAAGCUGGUGGACAGGUUAAUUACAAGAAUCUGAUCCGUCUCAUCAAGGAAGCUGCUGCAAGGCCAGAAGACGGAAUGAACAAAACGCAGGCUAGCUGGUUGAACCUCAAAAAUCGCCAUCGGAUCUGGACCUGCUGCGAGGUUAUCCUCGAGAAGUUGGGGAGGGAAGCGGAAUCGAGGGUCCCAUCUUAA